AUGUACCCACCGAAGCCACUUUCCACUAAAGUUGUGAUGAGUUUCUUAACAGUUUUGCUGGCCCUGGGUGCUACGUUUGGUAAUGGUUCAAUUCUGGCCGUUAUUGCACGAUUUAAAUCCUUUCGAACUGUUCCAAACACUCUUCUCGCUAAUCUUGCUGUGGUAGACAUGCUAAAUAUAGCCAUCAACAUCCCAAUCUUCAUGAUUUCUACAAUCUUAGAGGCGGGUUGGUUCAGAGGACAGAGUCUGGCGAUCAUGUCUAGCUUCUUCAACCGAUUAUUUAUUAUACUCAACCUUGCAUCGUUGCUGGCUCUGAUGGCAGACAUGUAUUUAGCCAUGGCCUUUGAUCUAAAAUAUUUCGUUUGGAAAAGUACCUACAAAGCUGUGGUAUCCUCUUUUAUCAUCUGGUUCGGUGGCACCCUGAUUGUGGUUCUGUUUUCCAUUCCCUUGCUCCUCAUUGACCUUGGUGACGUUCAAGUUAUUGAAUACAGAGCAAAGAUCUACCAACAGGGAAAGCACUACAUCGCAGCGUCAAUGGCUCUCUUUAUAAUAUGUAGCGGGAUACUUGGUUUUCUGACUAUACAGACAAUCAAAAGGAAGAAAAAAAAGGUGAGCGAAAUGUCAGUAGGCUUGCAAAAAGGAGCAGUUUAUUGCAAAAAAGAAAAAAAUUUCUGCCAUAUAGGAUUUUUUGCUUUUUCUCGUAGUGCUCCGUGGUAUUUGAUUGGGCGAGGAUUUUUUGGCUGUUUUGGCUUGCCAUGUUGCAUAACCAUAAGGCAUUUUGUCACCACCCCCUUUCGAAAUUCAUUAGACACCUGAAUUUGUGGUAGCGUUCAUUCACUUCUGCUACUCUUCUAGGCAACAGCGAAUUUUUUUCACCACUUUACCGGCAGCGAGUAAAAAGAUAUUUUCACUUUAAAAGAAAAAACAAUGUAUAUAUACCGUUUUUAGAAUCAGUUCGCGGCAAACGACAAAUGUCAGCCAAUUCAAGUUGACUAUUUAAGAAAAUAGACGAUUGAAACUGUCCCAUGUAAGCUAACUUAAUUGUUACGGAAAAUCUGCUAUGAAACUGCUGCUGUUUCUAUACAUUUAAUGAACUGUAAUAUUCCAGUCAAAAGAACGUUAUGCCGCCAGGGAUCUUAUGAUGACCUCGAGUACGAGUAGCGAGAAAAAAUAACUUGUUCACUUUAAGAGAAAAAAAACAAUGUACUUAUUCCGUGCUCUUUUAGGCAUAUAAGGUUCAAAAUCGCAUUUACGAAAAACGGAAAGUGACAGCCAAUAUAAGGAAAUGAACCAUUAAAACUGCCCCAUGAACAUGUAAUUGUAACGAAAAAUCUGACAUCAAACUACUAAUGUCUGUGGACAUUUAAUGAACGGUUAUGUACCAGUCGAAAAAAGUUAUUCCUGAUUGAAAAAUAUGGAAAAUCUGUUUCGGGAAUUAUGUAAGAGGGAUCGUACAAUGACCUCGAAAGAAAACAUAUGGCUUGUUAUUAAGUACGUGAAUACUAAGGACCAUGGCAACACAAGCAAAUAUUAUGUUCGCCUUUAUUUAAGAGAACGCAUAAUUGCGGCAAUUUCCUGGACUAGCGAGCACAACAGCUGUUAAAUUCAUUCUUUUUAAAAGAAAAAGAAAAGAAAAACAACAAUUAUUGCGAAGUGUAAGUUCAAGUAAUUAUUUUUAGUGUGUGGACGAUGAAUUCAUGAAUAAAUGAAUAAAUAAAUAAUUGGGGAUAGAUAGAUAGAUAGAUAGAUAGAUAGAUAGAUAGUCUAGCCGGAUUUUUGAUAACGUUAUCGCCAAAUGGACCUUUUGUGUCGAACAGUUUUUUUCGGCCAAAAACUAGCUAUUAAUAUAUAGAUUUAGCCAGGGCUAAAAGCGAAGCUCCCAUUAAUAAAUUUAUAUUUUAAAUCAAACAAUAAACUUUUAAUCCACAAAUCAGUUAACUUAAGGGCACAUUCAUGGGACUUUUGAGGGAAAGGAUAAGUUAUUUUAGAGUGAAACAUCUUACAUCGAGUUGAUAGCCUAAAUAUAUGUACACCCAAAAAAUAGCAAACAUCUUCUAUCACAUUCAAGAGCCAUAAUGGCUCUUGAUCACAGUAGAUUAGGCCUCGAAAACAAAUUCUUGGAAAAAACAUCAGGCAGCAUUUUUUUGCGUUCGACAGGUUUACUUUACAAAUUCUUGCCAACAAAUCUGAGGGUGUGUAAACCAACCUUUUAUACUUUUUAUACAUCACAUCUGAGGUGAAACAGUACUUUUUAUCAUACAGACCUCGGGCAGAAUACGGCAUUUCACAAUUUUUCAAUGUUCAGGACGAUCAAUCGUGGGCUUUUAGCGAAACCGUUCAAAAAAAUUCUAAAAUCACCCAUACGGCCAGCCGGUUCUCAUUUUUAGAGCGAGCUGUCAGUGUGGUUGAGUGUCUGAAUGAACUUUACUGGAGAUACGCUUCAACAUAAUAACGAAUUUAUUAUCAUUAUUUUUUGUUAUUUAAUGGUUCCAGUUAUAAC